CAACUUGCAUUUUUGAUAAUAUAUAAAGCAGGGAACCGAAUGCAGUGCACCAUAGUAAAACUUUGAACACCAAGUGGAAGGCAUCCAGAACUAUCCGAUUCAAAUCGUGCAACCCAUCAUCAAAUCAAAAAUGAAGCUGUUCAUAGUGCUCGCCUUGAUCGCCGUUGCUGCGGCACAGGAAACGUACAACAACCGAUACGAUAACAUUGAUGUGGAAGAAAUCCUCAAAUCGGAUCGUUUAUUCAAGAACUACUUCAACUGCCUGAUGGACGCCGGUCCAUGCACGCCCGAAGGAACCGAUCUGAAGAAAUACCUCCCGGACGCCCUGGAAACCGGAUGUACCAAGUGUACCGAGAAGCAGCGUGAUACUGGAAACAAGGUGAUCGCUUGGUUGAUCGAGAACCGUCCGAUGGAGUGGACCAUGCUGAAGGCCAAGUACGAUCCGGAGAACAAGCUGACCGAGCGCUAUCGGGAACUGGCGGCGAAGGCUGGAAUUGCUUUGUAGAUAAAUCUAAAUGACAAUGGGAGUCUGUAGAUACCGCUAUACAUUCUGUCUCUAAAAUGAUUCCAAUGUUGCCAAUAGAAAAUUACAUAUUCAAGUACAUUGUAACUUUCAAAUAAGUAACAAUAAAUCAAUUGCUGAAAAAAUAAAA